AUGGACACCGGCGCCGACCUCAACAUGAUGACUGUGACUGCGGCGGCUGAGCUGGGGUAUGAGCCCGGCGUGGAAAAGAGGGGCACGAUUGCAGGAGGCAUCGAAGGGCAUGUAGCUGUCUCGAUGGGAACGGUCCGGAUCCCGUUCAGGCUCCGGUGUAAGAGCAAGCAACGAUCGGCCGAGUUCCAUAUUGUGCAUGACCUUGCUGGCCACCGAGCCCUCCUGAGUGUGCAGCUGACCAUGAAGCUGGGUCAUCUUCCUCGACCUCAAUGUGAGGCAUGCGAGAAUGCUGUGCUCGGCAGCGCCUCGUCCUGA